AUGUUUGACUGUCAUGUAAAUGUUGAGGUUUGUUCAACCAUUCAAGCAGUUAAGUACCUCUACAAAUAUGUGUACAAGGGCCAUGAUAGGAUCUCUUUCAAUGUUGUGAAACCUGGUGAGCAGAGGGCUGUUGACGAGAUAGACCAGUUCCAAUCUGGUAGGUGGGUUUCGCCUUGCGAGGCUGCGUGGAGGAUCUUUGGGUUUGAUUUGUAUGAGAUGCAUCCGGUCAUCCUUCCACUCCAGGUCCACCUACCUAACAUGCACACAGUUCAGAUAAGGCCUCAUGAACGGCUUGAUGUUGUUGUUGCAGCUGACAAACAUUCCCGGACUUCUUUGACUGAGUUUUUUAGGGUAAACGCUGCAACCCCAGAUGACACAGGGUGCCUGUACAACCAUUUUACAGAAAGUCCGUCUGAAGGAGAGCGUUACUUCCUGAGGUUAUUGCUCGUUCACGUCCCUGGCCCUAAGUCAUUCGAAGAUCUAUUAACAGUUGCUGGGUAUACAUGCGCAACUUUUCAAGAAGCAACCCUUAAACGCAACUUGCUUGAAGAAGAUGAAUCAGUUGAUCUUUGCUUAGCUGAAGCGUGUUUCGUACAGAUGCCUGGUGCUCUGCGUAGCCUCUUUGCCACUAUCCUCAUUUUCUGCCAACCGAGUAACCCCAGUGCGCUCUGUCUAAAGUACUAUGCUGCACUAUCAGAGGAUUUUAGCCGUCGAUUUCCAGAUUCUGAGGCUAAGAUCAAGCAACUCACAGCUAGGUCAGUUGAGCAAUCCUUGGAAGAAAUGGGUAAAUCGCUCAAGACUUUUGGCCUGGACCACUUGCUUGAGCCUACUGAUGAUGAACUUGCAAGAACACGAGAUAUAAUUGAUUCCCUCGAUGCACCAAUACCUGACCACUGCAUCCGCUGUCGUGAAAGUCUCAACCCGGCACAACAAGAAGCAUUCACCUGCAUCAUUGACCAUGUUAAACAAAAGAAACCUGGUGCAUUAUUUAUAGAUGGCCCAGGCGGAACAGGGAAAACCUUCUUGUACAAUGCCUUGUACGCAGAGAUACAUCUCAUGGGCCCGAUCGUGCUUCCAACUGCUACAUCAGGCAUAGCUGCAGCCAACAUACCAUCCGGAAGAACAACACAUUCCAGGUUUAAGAUUCCUAUAGAUACUGAAGCUUCCCUAGGCUGCGAUGUGCCCAAACAAGGUAGUGUAGCUGCAUUGAUAAAGGAAACAACACUCAUCAUAUGGGAUGAGGCUUCAAUGGCCAGGAAAGAAAACAUUAAGGGAGAUUUUCGUCAAGUUCUUCCUGUCCUUCCCCACAGAACACAACGAGAAGCAGUCGAUGUGAGCUUGACUGCUGAAAAUAACUACGUGCAGUUACCAAGUGAAGUGCUAAAGCCUUUGGAGGAUGGAAGGGACCCAAUAACAGACCUGACCUCACUUACGUUUCCCGAGUUAGACCUUCGCAACUUUACCUCAGACAUAUUUACAACAAGAGCAAUACUCACUCCAAUGAAUGAUGAUGUUGAUUCCAUAAACACGGAGCUGAUCAAGAAAUUCCCAAGGCAACCAGUUAUGUAUAAAAUCUUUGACAUGGUGCUUGAUGAUAAUUGCAAUGUCUAUCCGACAGAAUUCAUCAACACAUUGUGUCCUGGUGGGAUGAGCCCUCAUGAGCUCGUCCUAAAGGAGGGCAGUCCAGUUAUUUUGCUUCGGAAUAUUUUGCCGUCGCCCGGCUUGUGCAAUGGUACACGACUAAUCUGCAAGGGGUUUUCCCCCAACCUCAUUGAGUGUGUUAUUAUAACUGGCCAUCACAAAGAGAAGCAUGUCUUCAUACCACGUGUAAAACAAAGGCCUUCACCCUCCUCUAAAUAUCCAAUCUUCUUUCAAAGGAAACAGUUCCCUGUGAAACUCAGCUUCGCAAUGACAAUUAAUAAAUCUCAAGGCCAAACAUUAAGUUAG